UUGCAAAUAGCGCUUUUCCUUCAUCUGGCUGUUAUGGCGGCCUCAAUACCUCGUGGAAGAUGUCUCCUGGCAUCCUCAUCUUGUCGUUCUACCCAACGGAGCGUUAGAUCCUCCCCACGAUGUGUGCGGCAGUUUGCCUCCACAGUCGAUGCGCCCUCUACUACAUCUUCUCAAUCAUCUCGACCACGCACUGCUUUCCAAGAUAAACUGAAUGCAGGACCUUCAUUCUCCGAUUUUGUUUCGCCAAACGCGCCUCUACCACCUUCGGAAGCGUACGAAAUCCGCACGGCGAAAGUUGGCAAGAAGACCAUCACCAGAUUGCCUUCGUGGCUAAAGACGCCCAUACCCAAUAACAACAACUACAAGAAGAUCAAAAAUGAUUUACGCGGUCUAAAUCUGCACACCGUGUGUGAAGAGGCGCGAUGUCCCAACAUUUCCGAUUGCUGGGGUGGAAGUUCAAAGAGUGCCGCCACGGCUACCAUCAUGCUCAUGGGCGAUACUUGUACCCGAGGAUGUCGGUUUUGUUCAGUGAAGACAUCGAAGACACCGCCGCCCUUGGAUCCCCACGAGCCGGAAAAUACAGCUGAAGCGCUGCGGAGGUGGGGUUUAGGCUACGUGGUUCUUACAUCGGUGGACCGCGACGAUUUGGCGGACGGAGGAGCACACCACUUUGCGGAGACCAUCAUGAAAAUCAAGCAGAAGGCGCCGACAAUGCUUGUGGAGGCAUUGACCGGGGAUUAUGCCGGCGAUAAGGAAAUGGUCAAACUUGUUGCAACGAGUGGACUGGACGUGUAUGCGCACAAUAUCGAGACGGUGGAGGAACUGACGCCAUUUGUUCGUGAUCGAAGGGCGAAGUUCCGACAGAGUUUGGAGGUUUUGAAGACAGCAAAGGAGGCUAAGCCUUCCCUGAUUACCAAGACAAGUAUCAUGUUGGGCCUUGGGGAGACUGAGGAACAGAUAUGGCACGCAUUGAAGGAAUUGAGGAAGAAUGACGUUGACGUCGUAACAUUCGGACAGUAUAUGCGACCGACCAAGCGACAUAUGCCAGUCCAUUCUUAUGUCACACCCGACCAGUUCGAGCUGUGGCGACAGCGGGCCCUUGACCUGGGAUUCCUCUACUGUGCGUCAGGGCCACUCGUCCGGUCAAGUUAUAAAGCAGGGGAGGCGUUCAUUGAGAAUGUGCUGAAGAAGAGAGCGGCCCAGCGGAGCGAGCUUGCCGGAGAUCAGCCUGCAGAAGCUCAGCCCGUCAAAGAUGCGGAGAUAACGGCAUGAGCCGAGUGGAGGAAAUUUUUGUUUGUGUAUGAUAGCAGUUGUACAACUGGGGUAUACAGGUCGGCCUCAGGGGGUAUAAACGACUAAUGAUUCACCAUCUAGGGUAUUUCCUCAACGGAUACCCAUUUCCACGCUCACCGCUGCACCUUCAAGACACGUCUUCGCUGCCUUCCCAACCUCUCUCGU